AUGUCGAAGCGCGAUGUCGUCCUCACCAAUGUCACCGUUGUCCAGCUGCUGAGACAACCAUGCACGGUGCCCAGAGCACAGCCCCCACCUGAGCCCAAGGUUGAGGCGGAGCCCCAGCCUGAGCCUGAGCCCAAACCGGAGCUGGUCACUGAGACUGUACAAGUUGAGCUGCCGCCAUCACUGCCGCCGCCGCCACCACCAACUAAGAUUUCUGAGAUUCAGGAGUUGACUGUUGGCAUCAAUGGAUUUGGACGCAUCGGCCGCCUGGUGCUGCGUGCCUGCAUGGAGAAGGGUGUUAGGGUGGUGGCAGUGAACGAUCCAUUCAUUGACCCAGAAUACAUGGUGUACAUGUUUAAGUAUGAUUCCACUCAUGGCAGAUAUAAGGGGAGUGUGGAAUUGAAGAAUGGCAGGCUGGUCGUGGAUAACCAACAGAUCAGUGUUUUCCAGUGCAAGCAGCCCAAAGAAAUCCCCUGGAAGACCGUUGGGAACCCGUUUGUGGUGGAGUCCACAGGCGUGUACCUCUCCACAGAGGCGGCUUCGGACCACAUCACAGCAGGUGCCCAACGGGUGGUCAUCUGCGCACCCUCACCAGAUGCGCCCAUGUUUGUCAUGGGUGUGAACGAAAAGGACUAUAACCCUGGCACCAUGAAAAUCGUCAGCAACGCAUCCUGCACCACCAACUGCCUGGCCCCCCUGGCCAAGGUUAUCCAUGAGCAAUUUGGGAUCGUGGAAGGACUGAUGACCACAGUCCAUUCCUACACGGCCACCCAGAAGACUGUGGAUGGGCCAUCAAAGAAGGCCUGGCGAGAUGGACGGGGUGCCCACCAGAACAUCAUCCCAGCCUCCACCGGGGCUGCCAAGGCUGUAGGCAAAGUCAUCCCCGAACUCAAAGGGAAGCUGACAGGAAUGGCAUUCCGGGUGCCAACACCAGACGUGUCUGUCGUGGACCUGACCUGCCGCCUGGCCCGGCCUGCCACGUACUCAGACAUCAAGGAGGCCAUAAAAGUGGCAGCCAAAGGGCCCAUGCAUGGCAUCCUGGCCUAUACCGAGGAUGAGGUGGUCUCCUCCGACUUCAUCACCGACCCCCAUUCCUCCAUCUUUGAUGCCAAGGCCGGCAUAGCUCUCAACGACAACUUCGUGAAGCUCAUUUCCUGGUAUGACAACGAAUAUGGCUACAGUCACCGAGUGGUCGACCUUCUUCGCUAUAUGUUCGAGCAAGAUAAGUGA